UAACCCCGUCACAGCAUCCCUACGGGGUGGUCCGGCCCUAAACCUGUCCCCCUCAUCCCGGCGCCAUGGUCUGGCCCUAACCCUGUGCCUCCCCCAUCCCCACGGGGUGGUCUGGUCCUAACCCCCUCCCGCAUCCUUGCAGGGUGAUCCGGCCCUAACUCCCUCCCCGCAAUCCCCGCAGGGUGGUCUGGCCCUAACCGCUCCCCGCACCCCUCGAACUGCACAGUGGGCCGUCCGGCGCCUGGAGCAUCGUGUUUGCUGAGGGCCGGGCAGCCGUUGACUGAGGCUGCGAUGGCGGCGGCAGGCCGGGGUCGGGAGCAGGACUCGGCGCGCUUCGUCUAUGUGACGCGCUUCGGCUCGCAUCAGUGCGGUGGCGUCCUGCAGCUAGGCGGCCGCGGAGCUCAAGGCCUUUCGGGUCAGGGGUCCAGGGCUGGCUGUCGCCAGGAGAAGCCGAGGGCAGCACCGGCGGUGGCGGGAGUCCAGGGUGGCAGUGAAUUGCCCUCUGGUUCCCGGCCCAGGGUUGCCACGACCCUUGGUGUGGAGGCCGCGGCCCCUGCCUCCUCCCAGCUGCGGACGUCGAGCGUGCGAAGCGGCACCAGACUGUCGGCGCGUGCAGGUUUAAUCCAGAAGGAUGCAGCUAAAAAGUUUGAUUUUCCCAUACCAUUGAAUGAAGCUUCCAAAAUAAUGAAGAAAAAGAAAAAGGUUUUAGUAUGGAAUAGAGUAUACAAAGUCAUUUCAAGAAUGCUUGAAGAAAAUGAAAAUUAUAGACACAGGCUGAAAUGCCAAAGGUUAUCUAGUGAAAGCUCAAAUUAUACGAGAUGAAUCUUCUUAUCUUCUGAUUAACCUAUCUUUGGAUGUUUCCCAAAGAAGAUUAUGAAGAACCUAAAGAUGAAACAUUAAAUGAAUCAUAAUUAUUUAAUUUAUGCUGCAUAAAGUUUUGUAGUGAAUGUGAAUGAGGAUUUUAGGUUUGCUUCAAUGUAUGUUAAUUUUGAUGUGUUUUAUUAGAAUUGGGACUUUAGUAGUUGAAUAGAAAAACUACCUUCUUUAUAAAUUAAUAGUAUUUCUUUGCUAUUUAAUAAUACGUUUAGUUAAAUAUUGUUACCAUAUGCAUGCAAGUGUUAUUGUCAGAAUUAAUACUUAUUCUACAUACCUUUAAAUUAACUUUAUACAUAAAAUUUAGAUUAGCAUAUCGAUGCAAUUACAUGAAUUUUCUAAUUACCAGCUUUUCCAUUUUAUUAAUGAGUCUACAACUGCUGCUUUGUACAUCUCUUCUUUUAGAUGUAACUUUUAAAUUAAACUUGGAUUCAUUUAAAUUAUUUUUGGCUUCCUGUAAACUUCUUUAUUAUUUUAUGGGAAAAAACCUUAGAAUUUACAUAGCAACCAUUAUUUUGGGUGUUAAAACUAAGCGAAUGAUUAUUUAAGCCAUCUUUUCAUCCUAAGGAAAGUUAGUAAAUAUAUGCAUUUAUAAUAUGGAUAUAUUGUAAUGGACUAUAUUAUAAUAUGGAGUAUUUUAGGAAAAUUUUUGGGCAAAGAUCAGAGGAGAUGCCCUUUACCUUGCCAGACCCCUAAGUAAUAGAUACAUUAUUUUUAAGUCAAUGAAUGAGAGGAUUAGAAUUCUGAAAAUCAUUUAGAAGUAUUGCUUAAUAAGUCCUUAUUUUCUGCUCAACGUUAAGUAGUGAUCAACUUUCACCUCCGCCAGUUUUUCUGCUUUUUUGCUGGUAUGGUCUCUCUUUCUGAAUUGAAUCAAAGGCCUAGGUGGAACUGGAAACUUAGGAGGGAAAGACAAAAUGAGGCUUGUUCAUGAUCAAAUUCUGUGUACUCUGGUUGCUUCUUCCCCCUGGAGUGGCAGGUGCUUUUUUAUCCAGGAUGAUUACAGUGAUGACAUCCAUUCUUUUUGGGGGGCAUUGAGAGGGUGGGCUUCCAAAUUAUUUACAAAGGUAUUACUAAGUGUUAAUAUACAAAAUUCUCAGGAAAUAGUACAAGUUGUAAGGACUGUAAAAUAAUUCAUAGUUUUGUUUCUUCCUCUAAUAGUUAUAACUUAAUUACUUCAGGAGGCUACAACAGUGUAUAAUUUGUGGUAACAUGAUCUUCUAGUGACUGUUUAUCAAAUCCACCUGUUUCCAGAUGGAAGGACACAUUGCUUGGGGAAAUGGCCUAGGUUUUUUUUUGCCAUGUGGGCUCUCAAGUUUCCCUGCAUGGAGGGUAACACAACUUCUUUAUAUUAUGCUGGGUAAAUUUCAGGCUGCUAAAUCCUUGGGUGAAGCUUCAAGUUUUACCUUAUGCAACUGAAGUCUAUUGCAAAAUGAGACAUAUUUACACUGUUUAUACUGUAAUUUAUGCUGCAUAAAGUUUUGUAGUGAAUGUGAAUGAGGAUUUUAGGUUUGCUUCAAUGUAUGUUUACAUUUAUGUGACUUAUACAACUUGGCAUAGUAGUCUGUUUUAAUUUAUUAGGUGUAUCACUAUUUAUUAGAUUUAAAAUAAGAGUCUAGCACUGGAUACAAACUCAGUUUAUUUUGCUAUUCUAGAACCAUGGAGGAAUGAAGACUGUCACUGAAAUGAAUGUUCUAAAUAUUUGUUCUAAAUCUUUUAAUUUUUGUUUAAGAAUUUCUAGUGAAUAUGUGUUCAAUCUGUUAUGUUAAAUAGAUAAUAAACAUAAGACUUUACUGAUACAUCACUGAACAUUAGCUGCAAUACUGUAACUUAUUUCUGUUCUAUAAUUUCGGUAGGGGCUAAUGACCCACCCCCACUACAUUAAAGACUUCAGACU